AUGGACAAAAUCGACUUGUCCCAGUUCGAUGUAUCCAACUUCGACCCUAAUGCCAUUCUGCGGGGAGCACAGCUGACUUUGGUCGGUGUCAAUCGGGCUCUCCAGAAUCCGGGUCUCUUCACUUCGGACCACUAUCGACAGGCUGCUAUUGCUGUAGCUGCAGGCAUCGCCAUCCGUAUCAUUGUCGCCAUACCCAUUGUCGGCGUAAGAGUGCUACUAUGGAUACUCUCCCUCUUCAUCAAUAUGGACCAUACGCACAUGGACGAAAGCGUCGUCAAUGGCCUCCACUUCCUUGAGCAUACCGUACUUCAGGUGCCAUUCUUCCUCAUGACGAUGAUGCGCUACGUCACUCCUACUUUGGAUCGCAUGUUCAUGGACUCCCUCCGUUGGGUGGACGAGACCUACGUACAGAAGCACAAGACCGAAGACCCCCACAACCUCCGCGCCAUGUACUAUCCGAACCUCGAGAAAUACCCCGAUCACGCACCUAAAGUCGAGAGAGAGAAGAAGCCAAUCAAACAGGCUGUCAUGAUGUAUGCAACAAAGCAGGGCAGGAAGGCUGCCAUUUCUUUGACAGUAUUGGCAUUGUCUUACGUCCCAUACGUAGGACGCUUCGUGCUGCCCGCUGCCAGUUUCUACACGUUCAGGAAAUCAGUGGGAACACAACCAGCAGCAGCCAUAUUCGCAGCAUCCCUGUUGUUUCCCCGGAGAUAUAUGGUCAGCUUCUUGCAAGCUUACUUCUCGUCACGAACUCUCAUGCGUGAGCUGCUCGAGCCCUACUUUUCACGCGUUCGAUAUAACAAGGAACAGAAGAAGGUGUGGUUCAAAGACCGGGCUGGCGUGCUCUUCGGUUUCGGCCUAGGCUUCUACAUCUUCGUCAAGAUACCCCUCGUCGGCGUCCUCAUCUAUGGUCUUGCCGAAGCGUCAACAGCAUAUCUCAUUACCAAGAUCACAGAGCCGCCGCUCCCGCCGACGGAAGCUGAGAAAUUCAAGCAAGAGUCACUGCGCUGGAAGAACAAACACGAGUUCCUGAACCUGCCAUGGCAGCACAUGGACGAGUACAACCUCGCAAUGCACAAACCCAAGUUCCAAUCCGAAGUGCGCCAAACACCAAGAAAGACAUUUAGCUAG